GCUGUUUGAGUGGUUGAAUGAACAGAUAGAUUCGUGCUGCACAUGCAAACAAUAGCGAUCGCAUAGCCUCACUCCAGUCUCCGAUCUCAACCAUCAACACCCGUCCAUACCCCGAUUGCGCUCCCAAACGAGACGGCAGCUUCGGCAGGAUCGCCCUCUAGCUCCGCGCGGCCCAAACGUAUCAAAAACACCGCCGGUUUCCAUCUGCAUCCAGGCGCUUCAAGAUGGCGGACAGGUUUCCCAGCAUCGACGACUUCGAUUCAGGCGUUCAAACCGACAUCAAGACAUCGUCAGAAGACCCGUCAGCCGGCGACUUUCUAGCGCGCGAGAAAGCGAUUCUGGGCGAGGACGCCAACCAGUUUGCGACUGUCGAGGACGGCGGCGAUGACGACGACGAUCUGCUCGGCGGCGGCGGCGGCGGCGACUCGGGAGGUGCUCAGUUCGAGAGCCAGUUCCCAGACCUAACAAGCCCCGGCGAGGGACUGGGAGCGAGCGGCACCAUCACCGGCCCCUCGGUCAGCUACAACUCGGGCUUCGGCGCGUACACGGAGGAGGAGGAGGAGCCCGAGGUGGUCAAGGAGUGGCGGGAGAAGCGGGACGAACAGAUCGCCAAGCGGGCCGAGCAGUUUGCGCAGCAGCGGGUCGAGACCGUCAAGGAGGCGCAGCAGAACAUCGACGACUUCUACGAGAACUACAACACAAAGAAGGACAAGACCAUCGCGGCCACGCGCAAGGACGCGGAGCAGUUCCUGGCCUCGCGCGACGACACCACCUCGGGCGGCACCAGCUGGGAGCGCAUCGCCAAGAUUGUCGACGUCAGCGGCAAGGGCUCCAAGGGCGGCGCCGCAGGCUCCGGCAAGGAGCGCUUCCGCGAGCUGCUCGUCAGCCUGCGCAAGGACGAAAAGGCACCCGGCGCCGAGGGGUACUGAUACCGCUUGCACUCGUUUCAUAUUUUCUCUGGCCGGUGUUGCAAGGCGGUGGCUACACGCUCGCAAGACCCCGGUUGGCAGGUCCGCGUAUAUUAAAUCGCAAAACUUGGGGGCGUCAGGCAGGGACAGGUUUAACAAGUGCCUUUUUAUCCGGGUUGUCAGGCUGUGGGGGAUACUGCCGCACCCGGUACAUCCUUGGAGCGAACUGGUGCUGCUGACCGCCGGUGUAUGUGUGUACUGUGUUCUGGAGCUGCGUGGCUCUCAACCAGCGAGGCGGGAGCACUGAGUCUGGCAUGCGGGCGUCACUCAAAUCGCACAUCCCGGAUCCACUCCAGGUGCUUUUUCUAGUCAAAUAAUGAGGAGACAUGGGGAUAUUUAUACAAGCAGCAUGAGACCUUCGGGAUCGCAUUGGCCGGGCAGGUAAACCACGUGCCUGUGCGUAAACGCGACUUUGCGAAAUAGAGUCGAGGUCAAGGUGAUUGAACCCCUGGAUUCAUACGUGAAAUGGCACAGAUGAACGU